UCACUUGUUGCAUGAGCAUAAUAGUGAUCUUGCCUUCCAUGGAGUUUCACAUGGGCUGUACUAACACGGAGCAGAAUAUAGACGGUCUCAUGUUAGCCUGUUGCGGUGUACUCGGAGUGUUCAAGACUAUAUGUUUCCGUAUUUACGCGAAAAACUUAACUGACAAUUACAGUUCUGCCCGGAAUGAUUAUUUGACAAUUAAAAACAUAGAAUACCGUGCCAUCAUGCGAAAACACGCUUUUAUGGGAAGAAUUCUUUCCUGUUUUAUGGUGUGUUUCUCUUACAUUAGUGUGACGAUAUAUUCGCUAAUACCUCUUCUUGGUGAAGAUCUGGUUGAUGAUCAAGAUGUCCAAAUCAACAGAACAAAUGAAGACAUAGUAUUGGACUAUCCAAUGCCGUCAAGAUGCGCGUUAGAAUAUUUGCAUGUCCCAAGGAGCAUGUAUGAAUUUAUCUGUAUCUUCGAGUUUAUUGUGCUAGUACUUACGUGUACCUGUAAUCAUGGUAAUGAUUCUUUGUUUCUCAAUAUUACAUUGCAUAUGUGCGGUCAAGUAAAAAUUCUAAAAGCCAAUUUCGUCAACUUUGUUGUCUCAAGUCCGCAAGUGUACGAUCGUUUCAAUGAUCUAAUUCGGAGGCAUAACUAUCUGAUAGAAUUGGCCAAGGAAUUGACCGAAUCGAUCAGUAUAGUUUUGCUAACGCAGUUAUUUAUUAGCAGCAUUCUAUUGUGUAUAAUGGGUUUUCAAUUUAUCUUAGCAUUAAAAACACAUAACGUUGUUGUUAUGGGGAAAAGCGCUAUGGUAUUGUGUACCUUCUUAACACAGUUGUCCAUAUAUAGCUUUAUCGGCGAUCACUUGAAGUCCCAAAUGGAAGAAGUUGGAUUUUUCAUUUAUCAAAGCAAUUGGUACGAUCUUCCUACGAAAUUGGCGAGAAAUUUAAUCUUUAUCAUUAUGAGAACACGAUCUCCCGCCAAGCUGCUGGCUGGAAAUUUUAUUGUGGUAAACCUGGCAACAUAUAUGAGUAUCCUGAAAACUUCUAUUUCGUAUCUAUCUGUGUUACGUGUAAUGAUAGAAAUAUAAAAUAUAAUACUCAUGAU